AUGAAUCUGAUGGUGAAGUAUAUGUAUAUCUUCUUCCUGUUGCCGGUAUACGCCAUCGUUGGUUCUUUGGUUGUUCAAGAAACUUCAGGUGAUAUUAAUUCUAUGAAUUAUUGUGGUCAGAGUUGUUACUCUACUGUCAUGUCUAGCUCUGUUAGUGUUAAUACAUCAGGAAUUGGUGUUGGCAACCAAUUGGUCCUUGCUGACCUCCGUGAAGGGAGUACCGGCCCCAUCACGGUUAUGGUUUGCAGAAAGUGGGACGUCACAAGUGUCAAUGGACGCUUCAUGAGCACUGACUAUGUCGUCAGUGAUAUAAAGGGAGGUGUCAUGCAUUGUACCGCCCGGAAUAACAUUGCACAUUACUUCUUUGACAAGCUAAAAGAGGGUGGGGUAUAUUUACUCAAGGGUUUUGUAGUCCAACGCACCGAUCAAUACCGGAUUCUGAAAGACAACCCCUUUGUUAUCGGGUUAAAUGGCUCCAUGGUAGUUAAGAAGGUUGACGAUGCCGGUGGUUCAUUUACGCGCUACCCGUUCUUACUUACGGCGUUUGAGGAACUCGAACCAACAGAGGGCAAGUACUUUCUUGAUGUUAUCGGAUAUGUUACUGAGGUGGGGCCGCAGUCUGUGAAAUCAUCGGGUGCUCGCGCAGUUGAGUUCAAUCUAACCAACGAACGGUAG